AAUAUUCACAUAGAUAAAAUACAUCAUAUGACCAUUUUCGCUGCAUUCAAGUCGGAAUCAAUUCAAAUCUGAGCAGUAUAAAUUUGUUUAUUUCCGUCAAGAUGGCUGAAGAAAUGUUGAGUAUUUCAUGUGAUCAAAAUAAGCCUAUUAAAGUGUUAAAAUGGAAAGUACGAGAAGGUUCGACUGUUUCCAUCGGUAAAGUGUUAUUCCUUUAUCUUAAUGUGAAGGAGAACACCACCAUUCAACAUAAGUUUAAGUCCCCAAAAGCUGGAAUAUUAAAGAAAAUUGUCCCGCCGGAAGGCGCCAUUGUACAGCCAGGGGAAUUACUAUACUGGUUGAAACUAUGUAAUCAUCCGACGAUUAUGAAUGAUAUGUGUGCUGAGUGUGGAGCAGACCUUAGAAAUGAAGAAGGUGAAGUUGUAGCAUCAGUUCCUAUGAUUCAUGCUAUACCGGAUCUUAAAGUCAGCGAAGAACAAGCACAAGUUAUUGGAAGGGCAGACUGUGAUCGGUUAUUGAGGGAUAGGAAAUUAGUGUUAUUGGUAGAUUUAGAUCAAACUUUAAUCCAUACAACGAACGAUAACGUUCCUGCAAACAUAAAAGAUGUUUACCAUUUCCAAUUGUAUGGACCCCAUUCCCCUUGGUACCAUACCAGAUUGAGACCUGGCACACACAAAUUCUUGGAAAAUAUAUUUCCACUAUUCGAGUUACAUAUUUGUACUUUUGGGACAAGAAAUUAUGCUCAUAUGAUAGCGACAUUUUUAGAUCGAGAUCAAAAAUAUUUUUCUAAUAGAAUUUUAUCCAGGGACGAAUGUUUUGAUCCAACAAGUAAAAAAGCCAAUCUGAAGGCUCUUUUUCCUUGUGGAGAUAAUUUGGUUUGCAUCAUCGAUGACAGAGAGGAUGUUUGGUCAAAUGCUUCCAACUUAAUCCAUGUUAAGCCUUAUCAUUUCUUUCGACAUACAGGUGAUAUAAACGCUCCCCCAGGUCUUGACAAACAAGAAAAUGAUGAAAGAUCAGGUGUUGAUUUAUCUAACCUUAAUGCGAAGAAUAAUGGAAAUAGAUUAUCUAAUGGAGUCGAAAAUAAGGCUAAUGGAAACUGUGACUUGAUAUCAAGUGAGCCCAAAUCAGAUGGAGAACAAAGUGAAACGAAAGAUUUAGCUAAAAAUGACUUGAAAGGUAAUGGGAAAAUAGAAGAUUCUGAAGUUGAUGCCAAUGGUGAAGAAGAAAAUGCGGCAAGUGAAAAUCUGAACAACUGUGGGGCCAAAGAAGAGGAAACCAUAGAAAAUAAUGUUUCAGUUGAAAAAUCUUCAGAUAUGGAGGAGAAAAUAGAAAGUACUGAUGAAUCUGUGGAUAAAAACGAAGCGACAAAGGAAGACUCUACAGAAGCUGAUGAAAAAAUUGAUAAGUUGUCAGAUGAUUUAAAAGUUAACAAUGAGAUUCUUGAUAAACCAAUACAAGAUGCAACGGUAACUGAAGAUAAUUCGGAAAUCAAAACGUCGGUCACAGAUGCGGAAAAUGAAGAUACCGAAAAGGACAAAGAAAGUAGUCAAGAUAAAACUGACAUAGAAUCUGACAUAAUUGAAAACAACAAAUCUAAAGAUGAAAAUAUUUCAAACAAUAAGGAAAAAGAACAAUUGGAAGUUGAAGAUCCCGAUAGUUACCUCCUUGAUCUCGAAUGUAUAUUGAAGAAAAUUCACAAGGAGUUUUACGAACGGUACGACGUAAUGGAAUCCGGACAAGUUCCCGAUCUGAAAGAAGUUAUACCGAUCGUUAAGAGUCAAGUUCUGAAGGGAACCAAACUGUAUUUUAGCGGUUUGGUGCCUACGCAUCAGAAGUUGGAGCAGUCCAAACCUUAUCUUAUUGCGAAGAGUUUGGGCGCAGAAGUUACGCAGGAUUUGGAGGAGGACUCCACCCACUUGGUUGCGAUCAGACCUGGAACUGCCAAAGUUAAUACAGGUAAGAGGAGAAAAAACCUCAAGAUCGUAACCCCGGAUUGGUUGUGGUGUUGCGCGGAGCGUUGGGAGCACGCCGACGAGAAGGUGUUCCCGCUGAACAGCAAAGGAUCCAAAAAUAGACAUCCUCCGCCUCAUUGUAGCAGCCCUACACACGUACCGGAAUAUCUGAAACCGAGUACUCCUACGCUCAGGAAAAGGACUCCCAGCGGGCGUUUUAUGGACACUAUAAAUCCUUUGAUGUCCUUUUCGAGCGACGAUAUAGCCGAUAUGGAUAAGGAGGUAGAGGAUAUUCUCGACGACGACACCGACAGCAGCGAGGAAGAGGAGGGCCAGAUCAAGGAGGAGAGUCCGGAGCUCCCUCUGGCGGAGGAGAGUUCGAGUAGCAGCGCGGAAUCGCUGGACACGGAAUUUCCGCGCGGUUACAAGAGGACCUUCAAGGACAUGAUCUCGGAGGAGACGCUCGACGACGCGGAAGAAGAACACCAAAAUUCGGAAGACGAGGAAUGGCCCUCGACGAAGUUCAGAAGGGGAGAGGCGGUCGAGGGGUUGGAGGAAUGGGAGUCGCAAGAUUCUCAGAACAGCGUCGACGCGCCCGACGAGCUGACCGACGGGGAAUGGAAUAUGAUGGGAGCGGCGCUUGAGAGGGAAUUUUUGUCCAACGAUUAAGAAGCAAUAAUAAUUUAUAGAAGAAACAUUCUCUCAGUGAGCCAAUGAAGAGCACUUCAUAAGCGAAUUAAUUUAUUUAGGAGUAGUGAUAUGUACAUAUAAACGAGAUAAUAUGUUUAAUAUUGAUAUUUUCACUAGAUUGAAUCAUAUGUUGCAUAAUUUGGUUUAUUAUUUUCAACAACUGAAGCACAAAAUUUGUAUUGAGUAAUUUUUUUUUAUUGACUGGUAUCUUUUGUAAAUACUUUAUUGGUGUAUGGAGUACAGUUCGAACAAUUAUUUUAUGAAUAUAGGUACCUUUCUAGAAUUGUUUCAUAUAGUACACAAAUUAUAAGGCGCAAACAUUCUGAGGCGACAGAAACUAGUAUUUCCUUGGAUAUUGCCCGAUUGUUGCAUGCUGUAUGUCUCUUUCGCUUCAGUGUUUGCUGUUACGGUAGGUUUAGGAAACUUGAAAAAUAUAGUUUUUUAAGUGAAUUGUUUUAUUGAAAAUUUUUGUUAUGAAUGAUUGUUAUGGAAUUUGAGGUGUUCUUUUGAAGGAACACACUUUAGUUGUACAAUAAUUUCGAAUUUAAGAAGGAAACAUGAACAGUGUACGUAUUGGAAUAAAAAAAUGGAUGUUUUUUUUUUUUUCAUGAAAA